AUGGCAGGUGGUGCUGAUACCAACGAGCAAGAGGAGGAGGUUUACUCCCCUGCUGAAGCAGUGAAAGAAGCACGUCAGGCUUCUCUUCGCAGUCAAGCCCUCAUGGAACAGCUGUCCAAUCAGAUGCAGCAGCACUCGAAGGAACAACAGCAGAAUAUGGCUCAGCAGAGGGAACAGAUUGCCAUGCUUCAAGCUCAGUUGCAAGCCAAGACUCUGCCGAAGAAGUCUGAUCGUGUGACGAACCCCGAAGUGAAGAAGCAGAUGGAGACUCUGGAGAAGGCACAGCAUGCAGUGUCUCAGGCAAAGGCAGCUUUCGAAGGACAUCUUGAUGGAGCUUCUCCCCUGGCAAGUCUCUCUGAAGAGCAAAUCGCAGCACUUAAGAAUCAGUGCGAUGAAGACUUCGUGACGGAUGCAAUCCGGACGUUGAAGGCCACGGGCACAAUUCUUCCUGUCGACCUACCCCCUUUCCUGGUCAGUCCACUUGGUGUCGUACCAAAAGCAGAGGAUAAGCUCCGUCUUAUCUUAGACCUCCGCUUUCUGAACAAGUUUCUUCAGGUCCCAAAAUUCAAGUACGAGUCUAUUCGCCUCGUCUCCGAGCUUUGCCUUCCCAAGGACUUCCUGUUUACAGUCGACCUGAAAGCGGGUUAUCACCACAUCGACAUCUGCGAGUCACACUGGAAAUACCUCGGUUUCCAGUGGCAGGGUCAAUAUUUCGUCUUUACUCAGCUACCCUUCGGCCUCGCCCCUGCCUGCUACGUUUUUACGAAGGUGAUGCGCCAGCUGACGAAAUCUUGGCGCGCGCGCGGUUACAAGCUGAUCCAUUACAUUGACGACUUCUUUUUCACGUGCCGCGACGUGGCUGAGUUUACACGUGUCCAAGCCUCCGUGCUCGCAGAUUUAGCAGCAGCUGGUCUAGUCGUCUCUCUAGAGAAGUGUCAGCUCUCGCGCAGCCACGUGGUCAAGUUCCUAGGAUUCGUUGUCGACACCCUCUUCGGCCAAUUCCGUCUCACUUCUCUGCAGAAGCAGAAGCUCGCCUCCGCUAUCUCGUCGUGCUUCCGCUCUCCCCACUCCGUUCCAGCUAAGCUAGUCGCUAGGGUUACGGGCCUGGUUAACUCCUUUUCGCUCGUGACCGGCCCCAUCUCUGGUCUCUUUUCCCGCUCUCUUCACAGCGCUCUCGCCAACCGCUCUUCCUGGUACAGCAAGAUCUCGCUCGAUCCAGCCGCCCUCGCAGAUCUUCGUUUCUGGCAGUCUCAUUUGGACCUCUACCAGUGCCGCGACAUUUGGCGUCGUCAUUCCAUCCUGCGAGUGAUCUACUACGAUGCUGGCGGCCAUGGGUGGGGCGGCCACUUGGAAAUUGGCAGCGAGCGCCACGAGGCGCACGGCGCGUGGGAAGCUCAUGAGGUCCACGGCAUGGCCUCUUCGACUUGGCGUGAACUCUCAGGACUCCUCCGUCUUCUUCACGCUUUCGCCCCUUUCCUCCGAGAUUGCUCAGUCAUCGCGCGCGGCGAUGCCCUUAACGUCUUCACGCUUUUGUCCAAGGGUGGCUCAGCAAAAGAGCAUCUCCAGUUGGUUUGCGUCAAGAUUUUUCUUUUCUGUGCGGAGAACCGGAUCGAGCUUCGCCCCGAGUGGCUCCCCCGUGAGCAGAACACCCGCGCUGAUUAUCUGAGCAAAGUUCGGGACUUCGAUGACUUCGGCCUCUCCCCGGCGACUUUCGCGUUCAUCUCUCAGCAGUUCGGUCCGUUUACGGUGGAUCGGUUCGCGAGCGAACACAACGCCAAACUCCCUCGGUUUGACGCCUUCUUCUGGUGCCCGGGCGCGGCGGCCGCGAACACGUUCACGCAAGACUGGGGGAUCCCCGAGCGAAACUACUGUUUCCCUCCCCCGUCCCUGGUGGCGCCCGCGCUUCGGCACGCGCGCGCGUGUCGCGCGCGCAUGACGCUGGUGGUCCUGGGCUGGCGCUCUGCCCCGUGGUGGCCUCUGCUCUCCGGGAGCGUCGCCUCCGGCCGCGGCUUCGCUCCGUUCGUGCGCCGUCAGCUCUACUUCCCUGCCGGCCGCGAGGUCCUGGUCCCCGGGCGCGCUUCUCGCGACCGGUUCCUCGGGAAGGGCGUCCCCAUCUCCGACGUGUACGCUCUGGACUGCGACUUCUCCACGUGA